AUGUCGUUAGAAUUUAAGGACAGAGUAGUUAUAAUUACAGGAGCAGGUGGUGGGCUCGGUAGGGUUUAUGCGCUAGAAUAUGCUAAACGUGGUGGUAAAGUUGUUGUUAACGAUUUAGGUCGUAGUGCAGCGGAUUCAGUGGUUCAAGAGAUAAAAAAAUUGGGUGGUGAAGGUGAUGCUGUAGCUAAUUACGAUUCGGUUUCCGAUAAUGGUGCAGCGAUAGUAGAAACUGCCAUUAGCAACUUUGGACGCGUUGAUAUUUUGAUUAACAAUGCAGGUAUUCUUAGGGAUUCGUCUUUCGCUAAGAUGUCCGAGAAGCAAUUUCAACAAGUGAUCGAUGUUCAUUUGAACGGUGCCUUUAAGUUGACUAGAGCUGCUUGGCCUCAUAUGAGGAAACAGAAGUUUGGUAGGAUCAUAAAUACAUGUUCUCCUGCCGGGUUGUAUGGGAAUUUCGGUCAGGCUAACUAUUCUGCUGCAAAACUGGGUUUACUCGGGUUUGGUGAAAGUUUGGCAAAGGAAGGGUAUAAGUACAAUAUCAACGUGAAUUCGAUUGCACCUUUGGCCAGGUCAGCGAUGACUGAAAAUGUUAUACCAGCUAAUAUCUUGAAAGAAUUGGGUCCAGAGAAGAUUGCACCCUUAAUCUUGUAUUUAACUCAUGAAAACACUAAGGUUACCAACAAUAUCUUCGAAUUAGCUGCAGGGUUCUAUUCUCAAAUCAGAUGGGAAAGAUCUUCUGGUGAAUUGUUCCACCCAAACGUUGAGACACUAACUCCAGAAACUAUUUUACCCAAAUUCAAUAAGAUUAUUGAGUUCAAGGAUAAACCUUUCAACAAGGUACAACAUCCCAUUGAAUUAUCAAAUUAUAACGAUUUGAUUACGAAAGCCCGUGAAUUACCAGAGAACAAGAAUGGACCAAUUCCAAUUAAAUCUUUGCGUGGGAAAGUUGUUAUAAUCACCGGUUCUGGAUCUGGUUUAGGUAAAUCACACGCUCAAUGGUUUGCUAGAUACGGUGCCAAGGUGGUUAUCAACGAUAUCAGGGACCCCAGUGCUGUUGUUGAUGAAAUCAAUAAAAAGUAUGGCUCCGGUUCCGCAGUAGCUGAUACUCACGACAUUGUGAAAGAGGCUCAACAGGUCGUACAAACUGCAGUUGACAAAUUUGGUCGUGUUGAUAUCUUGGUUAACAACGCCGGUAUUCUUCGUGAUAGGUCUUUUGCAAAGAUGACGGAAGACGAAUGGAAUGCUGUCAUCAAUGUUCACUUGUUUUCUACUUUUGCUCUAUCGAAAGCCGUUUGGCCAAUAUUCUUGAAACAGAAAUCGGGUUAUAUCAUUAAUACUACAUCUACUUCAGGCAUUUACGGUAAUUUUGGUCAAUGUAACUAUGCAGCAGCAAAAGCUGCCAUCUUGGGAUUCUCUAGAACUUUGGCUUUGGAAGGUACUAAACGUGGUAUUACAGUGAAUGUCAUUGCACCACAUGCAGAAACUGCAAUGACAAAGACGAUAUUUUCAAGUAAGGAAUUGAACAAUCAUUUUGACCCCGGUUUCGUGUCCCCAUUUGUGGUACUUUUAUGCUCCGAUGAAUUACAAGAACUCGGUAAGAACCGUGUGAAAGGUUUAUUGUUCGAAGUAGGCGGUGGUUGGUGUGGAUUAACAAGAUGGCAAAGGAGUAGAGGCAUCGUUAACAGUGAUGCAACGCCAGAAUAUCUAGCCGAACACUGGAAAGAAUUAACAGAUUUCAGUAAGGGUACCAUGAACCCUAGUUCUACUCAGGAAUCUAGUAUGGCAAUACUUCAAUCAGUGCAUAAGCAUGCAGCAGAUAAAGCUAAACCCAAGACUUACAAGUAUACCUCUCGUGAUGUCAUUUUGUACAACUUGGGUCUUGGUGCUACAACAAGGGAAUUACAAUACACUUACGAAAACCAUCCACAAUUCCAAGUGUUGCCUACAUUUGCUACUAUACCAUACAUGGCUGAUGGGUCCAUUGAUAUCAAAUUCGAUGAGUUAGUGGAUAAUUUCAAUUACGCUAUGCUAUUGCAUGGUGAACAAUAUUUCAAGAUCAAUAAGUUCCCAUUACCCACUAGUGGUGAGUUGAGAACCACUGGUAAACCUUUACAGGUUCUGGGUAAAAGCUCCAAAGCAGCCAUUAUUGUUGGUGGGUAUGAAACUGUUGAUGCGAAGACCAAUGAACCUGUUAUUUACAAUGAGGGAACAUUCUUCGUUCGUAACGCUGUCGUUCCGGAUAAUAAGGUUAUCAACAAGGCGAAGGAGAGAUCACCAUUUGCAACGAAAGCGUUUGUCACUAAGGACUUAGGUGACCCUGAUUUUGAAGCUGAAAUUUCUACUUUUGAAGACCAGGCUGCAUUGUACCGUUUAUCCGGUGACUACAAUCCUUUGCAUAUUGAUCCUCAACUUGCCAAAUCAGUGAAAUUCCCAAAACCAAUUCUCCAUGGAUUAUGUACCCUUGGUGUGAGUGCCAAGGAACUAUUUGAAAAGUAUGGUCCAUUCGAUGAAUUAAAGGCAAGAUUCACUAAUGUUGUUUUCCCUGGAGACAGAUUAAAGGUAAAAGCAUGGAAGAAGAACGAUGUUGUCAUUUUCCAAACUACUGAUUUGAAUACUGGUAAGAUCGUAUUGGACAAUUCUGCCAUUAAAUUGAUCGGUAAAUCAAAGUUAUAA